AUGGCGAUCACGAAACUGUACAUACUCGACUCUUUAAUGCGCUUUUUGGAGUCUCCUGACCUUAAAGCGGAUUUUAUACUUCUUGCACAACCCGCAGUGACUCACAUUUUAAUGACUUCUUUCAUGACAAAAUUGGAACAUGACAAAGCAGUGAAGUUGCUUGGACUUUGGGAUCAACAUGGGAUCAACAAAGAGUCGAUUCCUAAUUGGUUAAACCUUGCUAAAACCCCAAGCGAGAAUGAUUAUGGCUUUGUCCUUACAAACACCAUUUCCGUUCGACUUCCCGCUUCGGAACCAAAAGAGUUGUUCACUACAUUUGUGUGUGAUACCGUGUUGGAGUGCGACAUUCAGCCCUCGAAAAGGUAUGACAAGUUGUUCUUUUUGACGUGUUCGAAUUAUUCCGAUAUCAAACUUUUGGAAGAGAAGGUCAAGGAGAGAUUUCAACAUAAUUUCACGAUGAGCAAUAAAGACGCUCCAGAACACGUUUGUGUCGUCAGAUACGAUUCUGAAAAUUUCAUGAUCGAAAACACUUUCUCGCCUUUGACCGGGUUCGGAGCUUAUAAAAAGGCCGAGCUGCCGCCUGAAAUUAACAUUAAUACAGACACACACACUUUCGUUGUGCGGAAGAAAAGAAGCCCAUCACCUUAUAGAGACGAAUUUAGACCGUUCCAGUCUUUUAAAAGAUCACCAUCAAGAAGUCCUAGAAGAAGUCCACCUAGAAAUGCUUCACCUAGAGGAAGAUCUCCAUUACGUAGCCCAUCAAGAGGAAGAAGUCCACCUCGAAACUCAUUACCAAGAGAAAGAAGCCCAAUACGAAGUCCUUCUAGAGGAAGAAGCCCACCAAGAGGACGAUUUAGAAGUCCAUUACGAAAUGGGUCGCAGAGAAAUUUACUAAGAAGUCCACGAGACAGAAGCCCUCCGCAGUAUAGAAGAAGUCCUUUAAAUAACAACGCGUCAUUUAGAAGCAGAAGUCGAAGUAGAAGCCGCGGUUCAAAUCGAAGAAGUUCGUCCAGGUUUAGAAACAGGUCGCCAUCGAGAUAA